AUGGCUCCAACGACACCACCCAGUUCUAGUGCCAGGAAGAGACGCGUAGCGAGCCCUGCAAGUGGAACAAAGACUCCCACCCUUCCACGGGAACCUGCAAUACCGGAGACUACCCCCGAAGGCGCGCAAGAUGGUCACCAACCUGAUACGAGUGUGCGAUCAGACGAAGUUGACAUCCACCUCCUCCAGAAUCACGGCCUACUUGGCCUGCCUUGCGAGAUUAUUGAGAUGGUAGCCUCAAACCUCCUUGCCACUACGCAUAUCCUCAACCUCGGACUCGUCAGCAAACGGAUUAGUGGGAUCGUUCAGCAAACCAUCGUGCGUGGCUUGAUCGUAUCUAGCAUGAACAUUAGAGAAUUCUUCGAAAUGCUCAUUGGUCACGCUGAGCUCAGCAACAAAAUAUCUAGUGUUAAUCUCGGAGAUUUUGGAUACAGGCACCAUGGAGAACGUUUCUACGCAGAUCCGAUGGGUCUCCGCCCGAAUUUCCUAGAAAGUCUUGGCACCGCCAUCACUGCGACUACCGGGCGAGUCGUUGACUGGAGCCUGGUUAGAGAAGACAACAUAUCUGUCGGUCCUGUAUGGGAGCCAGAUUCAGCCUUCUUUCUCAACGUUCUCGCAAUAUCUUGUCCAAGCAUCAAAUCGGUGACUGUUCAGCUACCCGAAGCUAGGGUAUUUCACUCAGGCCAACCUCCACGUCCGAUACACCUGGCUCCAUCAGCUUUCCCUGCGCUGAACCCAGAGUUACUGCCUGCUGCACCAUUCCAAGGUCCAGCAUUAGACGUGUUCCAGGCGAGGCUCGAAGCUCUCAUAAUCUCGGAGAAUACCAGAUGGAAAGGCCCUCCCACGGUUGAGGUCCUUGAGUCACACAACCUCAAAUGGAGGAACAUGGGAACACACAUUAUUACGUUGGCAGGUUUCUCAAGACUGAAGCGACUUGAUGUACCCAUGGAUAUCUUAGGACGUCCGCAUGACAUUGUGUUCUCCAAUACCAGUAGUCUGGAUGUGACAAAGCACGAUGGCACAGCAAUUAUGGAUCGUGCGCUUCUAAUGGACAAGACGCUGGCGGAGCUACGUUCCAAGGUCUUACCGCUUACUAUACAAUAUCUUCACCUGCGAUCAUGCAACAAAUGGAUGUUUGCCCUCUUGCAAAGAAUCAACGAAGUCCCUGUGGAAGAAUUGAGGCUCAGGCACGUCGAGCUGUCUUUCGAGCCAUCGCCUAACAACCUUUUGAUACAGUGCGAUGCUGCAGAUCUGAGCCAACUGGACUACUCUCAGUUACUCGUAGAUCUUGACCGUAAAGGGGUCAAUGUCACUUUCCAUACCGGACCGCAAGGAACUCUCGUCGACAUGCGCAAAGAGAUCGAGGCGCUUUCCCGUUUGACGACUAUAGAGGCCUGGCACUACUCGACCACGCACGCGCCAUUCUCCAAGUGGAACCCAGAAGCUAUCAGGAAGCGUCAGUCGCUGAAGAUGGGCUUUAGAUAUUUCUUACGGCACGCUGACCACCACUCGCAACUACUCAAUAGUCCCACUUUCAACCUAGAGUCGUGGACACAGAGCGCCUUCUUCCACGGCACCAGGAACAGCAGAUGGGACCCGCAGCUUCUGGAUUCAAGAAUGAAGAAGAAAACUGUCGGAUCUGGUGGAUGGAAUGAGAGGGCUCUUGGGAAGCACGCACUCAAGCGACGACUUUCACCGUUAUUGAAUUUGGAUACCCAUCAGUUUGGUUUCCGGAUCAAGCAGACGCUUGCACCGCUACCUAGAGAAAGCCGAUUCUUUGGUGCUAGUUUCACUACCAUAGAUGGCACGCGCGCGCAGCCUUCAGAUCAGCAUCGAAACACAGCGAAGAAACUUCGUACGUACGAAGAGAAGCCGAAGCGAUCGAAGCGUGCUGAGUGUGUUGAAAUUGAGUCGCACACAACAACCGAGGUUCACAAUCUACAAGACGACAUAAACAGGCUACGGCUAGGAUCUGGCAACAUCAUUAGCAUAGAUUCCCAGUUCAGGGCAACACUGUGGGCCGGUGUCAAAUGGAAGAUGUUCCUGGAGGCGGAACCGGUCAUACGAGGUACGAUAGUUCUGGAAUAG